UUUUCUGAUCAUGUUAAUAUCCCACAGCGCUAUACACUCAAGAAACGGGGCGAAUACCUGUUGGCGGUUUCUUGAGCUUUCUUUCUGAAUUGAUCUUUUCCGGUAUUUUUUGCGACACACAGCAAGUUACCUCGUACUGCAUAAGUGCGAAUGCCAAGCGGACUUGUUCGUCGGUCGAUCACACUGCCUUCCGGUUUUUUUCGACAGUUUGUCUGCGUUUGCGUACCUCUGUGCCCGUACACUCGAGAUCCCUUUUUUCGCGUUAUGACUUUGUGUUUGAUAGUCAGGUCAUAGUAUCAGUCGGGUAGCCUUCUUGCUUGUGGCGUGUGCCUGACUCGACAGGUGCCCACUCUGAUAGUUUUUUCAUACAAAAGACAGACUGUGUUAGCGGCAUGUCUCAACUGUCUCUAUUUCUUCACGCUUGUGGUGGUCUUCAUCUCCGGCCUUCUCAAUCUCUAAGGUAUCAUCCCGGCAUAGGGAUUAGGGCCUAUUCUUUUUUGUUUGCUCGUCAUUUCGAGCAUCGUUUCUCGUUUGGUCGAUGCUCAAUGCCCCUGGGUCGGUAUCCAUUCGUUGUCGGGUGAAGAUUUGCCUUCUACCACUGGAUAUUCUCUUGCAGGUAUUUCUCUCGUCUUCUUCUCAUUUUAUUGUCUACCUUCGUCAUCGUAGAUUGUGUCAUCUUUCUGCUGUCUUCGUUUUCUCUGUCUUCUUCCCUCUCCCCGAUGUUUUUGUUAAUUAUAUCAGGUAUCUCGAUUUUUGGUCCCCUCUUGGCCGAUAUAUUCCGUUUGAAACAUUGCAUUUCGGUCUUCCCUUUAUUUGAGCUUCGUCGCAAACCAAAAUUGUGCAUAUCUAUCUCUUACGCUCCUAAGUUCUUUUCCGUAACUUCUGUUGUUCGACAGUGCCUUGGCCCAAAUGAUGCGACCAACAUGUGGCACUCACCCGUUGGGGCCCUCACAUGAGGCGGAGACGCAAGGAAGCGAGCACGGGGACUCCGACGGUGAUUGUCCCACUUCACCGAAGCAGAACACUGAAACGCUAGAGGAAAGAGGUAACCGACUGCCUCAUGUGUCACCUCCCCGGCCUCUUCGAUACAUUGGGCAAAAAAGGAACUCCGACCCAGGAGACAGAGAUCUUUCCGGCUGGUCACUUCCUAGUGACGUGACGGCUGUAGGGGUGGCCACCGAGGAGGAGGCGGGUAGUGGCAAGGAGAAAGAAACAGCCAAUGAGCUGUUUGGCAAAAAAGCCCAGCCGUCCUUUCUCGUUGAAGGAGAAACCUACGAUCUUCAUUUAACUCAACGCCUUAUCGUCAGUGUUUGUGUAGUGGGAAUUGUUUUCGCUCUCGCUGGGUUCGAAUCAACGUCACCGUGGCCUACCAUACAGAAUGAGGGGGUGGAUCUCAGUGUCUUUUGCUCUGCUGGUGACAGCAGACGUGGCUGCGUUAUACAGCAUCUUUUUCUCCUGCUCUUUCCUGUUGGACUCGCGGUCGGCUGCGUAUUCGGUGGGCUUUUCGGUGACUGCUGGGGAAGAAGACGCGUGUUCUUCUUCACAGACAUUUUUGCGGUCACGGGCUCCGCGCUCGUUGCCAGCGCGCGUAACUACGUGAUGCUGCUUUGUGGGCGAACGUUGGUAGGCGUGGCCAUCGGUUCGGGAUUUGUGGCGUAUGGAGCGUACGUGGCAGAGAUUUCACCGCCUGAAUCUAGAGGCGCUCUUCUAGCUAUGUCGCAGGUUUUCUUCAUUCUUGGGCGUUUGUCGUCCUUUGCGGUCCUUUCCACCAUGCAAGAGAGUGCUUGGCAGUACCUCGCAGGUAUCGCCGCAGCAAUUGCAGGCGGACAGUUUCUUCUUCUUCUCUUCUACGUCCCUGAGAGUCCUAAGUGGAUGAUUCAAAAGCAGAAACCGGCGAAGGCUCUGAGUGCACUGAAAGCACUGGGUGAACAGGAGAGUCACGCCGGCGCCAUUAUCAUGCAGCAGGAACAAAGGAUUCCUGAGCAAGUUAUACGACAAGCACAUAGGUAUUGCCCUGAAACCUGCUCGCUGCUAUUGGUGACCCAUGGCAGACAGUUUUUGACAGCUCUCGGAUGCGCCUUCUUUGCGGUCGUGGUAGGAUCCAGUUUCGUCGGUCAGCUUCAUAAUGCCAGUAUCGCUCAGACAGUCGCUUGCGAUACUCGCCUCGUCAGCAUUGCGACUGGAGCAGCGAAGGGGCUAGGAGUCUUGAUUGCUCUUUUAGUCGUCGACAGUUGGGGGCGCCGCCCUCUUCUGCUCACUGGCACGGUAACUGCAGGUGUUGCCUUCUCUUUGAUGGCUAUUGAUUUCUUGUGGCACAAUCAGUUGGCGAAUGACUCGGUCCGUUCUACUGGAACAAAGAUUCUCACUCCGUGCUCGGGACGUGGAGCGGAAGCGGGAUCCAUGCCCUCUACAGAUAUCAGAGCUGUCGGCCUCAUUCUCGCGGUUUUUGGACAGAAUCUCGGGUGGUCAACGCUUUUUCUCGGGGUAGUUGCAGAGAUGCUUCCAACGUGCGUGAGAGGGUUGGCUCUCGGUUUCACGUUGUUCCUGUAUUUCCUUUUAGAUGUCUGCACCAGUUUCCUGAUGGACAGCACUCUCUUGAAGGUUGCGCCAUCAUCUACUCUGACCGGGUACACCGCCUUGAGUGUUGUUGCCUUCUUUUUCACUUUCAUCGUCAUUCCAGAAGGCCGAGGGUGUGCUCUUGACAGUUUGACCCCAGAUGGGUAUGCCCCGUCGUGGCUGAAUGAGCUUCGCGCUUGUAGCACACGGGGAACCGAGAAGGACGCAUGCGGGACGGGACGAGUUCGCCGUGGUCGGGGACUUGGCAGCAAGAUGAUAUCCAGCAGAGAAACCGGCAUCGAAAUGCAAAGUCAAACAGAAGAAAACAGCCCUACAAUAAGCCAAGAAGCAUCGGUAAUGCAAGCAGUAGCUCUUUCUGAUGCAAUGUCGCUUCAGAGGGACAUACAAGAAGCCAUACGGGAGUUACCUUCUUAGCGCAACGGAACAUCGGACAAAAGGUCCGCAACCAGUUCAUCCUAAACGAGUACAGACGGCGUAGAGGGAAUUUGUAAGCAUGGCGAUUGCUGCGAGGAGACGAUGCCGUGAUACCUCAGUUGGUUUUGGUCUCGCGCAAGAAGUGAGACCGUAGGGCGCGCGCCUCGAUGCACAAGUAUCUCCUUACUGUAGAAUCUAUGUUGGCAGGAGUCGCAGACAAUGACUUGUCUGGUAAUACACAACGCUGCAGUGCGCAGAAAGCUGGUGAGAAUGAGUAUAGAUCUUUCGGCGUGUCAAGACGGAUAGAAAACUGCUGUUCUGGGGAGUGACUUCUUAUUGAAAGAGCGUGACAGCUGCUCCGACGUCAGACGCCAUGGUCUUUUUUUUUUUCUGUAAGGUAGAGAGGCAGAUUCCGGAAAGGCACUGGCAGAAACUGCGUUCGGCCUUGCUAGCCGUAAUCGUGUGACCCUUUUCUGGGAGCGGGAGAACGAAUAGUGGAAGUGGAGGUUCCUGGAAUUGUGUCGUUUUUUUAGACCCCCCGUGAUGUGGGCGAUACGAUGUAGGCAAGCCUUAUGUCCGCCUGCAGCUGGAAAAGAGGCUUUCUGAAUCUUGUAAACCUCGGUUAUGACUGAAGUGCCGUGCUAGAUGGUAUCGGAUUUAUGUGGUGGCAAGCGGAAUUCCACGAAGGCGUGUACGCGACACACAUAGCAUUUCUGGUGUAACUGCCUCGACGGACUCUAUUCCUAGUUGGAGAGGAGGAAACAGACAUAGACGUUCAGCAGUGGUGAGAUCGCAGCAAGUGAUGGGACGUAUGGUAAAGUGUUUUUUCCCUUUUCGAAAUAGACUGCCUUCUUUUCACACAAUUGGUAAUAGUGUAGGGGCGUAUGCGACAGCAGCGCUCAUUAUUUGUGUUUGUGUUUUCCGCGGUCACCGUGUAUUUUAUUGGUCUGGUUCACGUGCCACAAGACUCAGUCUCAGUCUUCUCUCGUACGAUGACAUACGGGAAAAAGUGUCAUGGUAUCGUUCUGCAUCCGAUGGUGUCAGAGCUUUCACUCAACGACCAACACUGCAGCCAUUGCAAAACCAAUUCUCUGUCUGGGCAGUUGUUACUUCAAUUUAUGGAACAAAA